AUGGCUUGUUCUUCUUCUUCCAUGGUUAUUGUGGGUUCUUUGGAUGAAGAAUUAUCCAAGAAGCACUCGUGGGUUUUUCCGGGAUUCCAAUUGGUCUCGGAUUUCAGCCUUUCCGACCGUGAUCUUGUCAUCCAUUAUCUCUACGAGAAGGAGAUUUGGGAUGCCUUUGGAGGGAUUGACAACGAGAACUUAUUCUUCUUUACCAAUCUUAAGAAGAUGAGCCCAACUACAUCUCGAACUAAUCGCCUAGUUGGAUCAUCCGACGGUACAUGGCAUGAUGAAAGACGAAACAAGCGGAGUGGGUGGCUUGGAAUUCGAGUGGCUUGUCAAGAUAUUCAACUACAAGAAUCCCAAAUCCAAGGCUCGGAAUGGUGCUUGGAUGAUGCACGAAUACAGACCUUGUUGCUAAUGAUAUUGUCGGCACUCUACUCGAAGAAGCAACCUAAGAGGAAGAGGCAGUUGGAUGAUGAAGAAGAAGGUGAUGAUGGUAUGGAUAAAAAUAACAAGCGCUUCACGGGUGAUCGGCUUGCAAUGUCAACAACAGUUGUUUCUAUGAGUGUGAACCCACCACACGGCCUCCUUCCCGAUCAUGACAAUGAUGCAAUCGGUCCAUUGGAACUCGAGCAAGAGGCGGCCACAAACAACAACGGUGAUGAGCAUCGGUCAUUGGAUGGCGCCGAUGCACCCGAAGAUCAACCGUUACUUACCGAUGAUGCUUAUUCCUUCGUAGCCGAUGACAUUCUAUCAAUCGAGCCUUUUGAUUCUAAUGGUGCUCUUCGACAACAUCGGAUAGUUGGUAAUGGAGAAGAAAUGGCUCUUGAUGAUGAUUAUUUCCGUUCGUUGUUCGAGAGCUUUUAUGCGAAGAAGCAAUCGCCUCUUGUAACUCGGAGAUGA